AAAGAGUGCACGCGGUAAACGGAUAGUGAGGAAGGCGGUGCGAGGCGAGCUCUUGUCUAGUACGCGCGUGAAGCACUCAUUCACUCACGCUGGUCGUUUGUGUUAUUAGAGGCUGCACACUCGGACAUUGUUAGACUUUGGGACGAAUGUAAUGUCUAGGAUAGCAAUAUGAGUUCAGUACUAGGUAGACAAAUCUAUAUCCAGUCAGUAAAGCUGAACAGGUGGCGUAUCUGAGCGCGAGCAGACGGACAGCUUCCGUUAAUCUCUUGCUGACGAAAGCUCACCACAGGGAAAACCUUCAGUUCCUCAAGUUCUCAUCCUGCUGUUUGUCCCUCCUGUAAAGGAUUCCUUUUGGAAUUUAAAGUUUCCCGUUGGAUUUACUAGCAAACACCUUGUUUUGUUUUUUUAUGCCUUGUGACUGUGAUGUGGUGAAUGUCCGCGUGUCAAAAAGCGACAUGUUUCCUGAAAUUAAUAACAAGUCAGCCAGACCCGAGGCUUUUCCUCAACCUCACAGGUCUCAGGCAGAGAACACAAAAAAAGGGCCCAACUCCUACUCACAGAAAUGCGGGACAGGGGUUGGCACGUUGCCCCAGCUGGAGGCUCCGGUCAAGCAAGUUUUUGUGAGCAAUGGCAAACUUCUGCAUUCAAAUGGAACCUUACCCAGUAUUGUCAAACAGCUGGUGCAAAGCACCCAAGGGAAUCAGGAGGAGAGACCGAGGCCACAGUUUCCCAAUCGCUUUGGUUCCUCUGUGGAAAACAUUUCCGAAUCUUUAACUAGGAGCAUCAUCAAUAAGUUUGAGAAGAUCAGGACAUACGAGGGACAGAGGCUGCCUAUGUCUCCAACAACUGCACUGAAACACUUCCAGAGCCAGCUGACAGAAUACGAAAGGGAGGAGAUCAUGGACUACUCUGAGAUCUGGUAUCUGGGAUUGGACACAAAGAAGAUUGAAGGCACACAGGGAUCCCCACAGAAUUCAGGAUAUGACGAUGAGCAUGGCAGCUACAUCAAGGUCCUGCAUGACCAUAUAGGCUAUCGUUAUGAAGUCCUGGAAGUGAUUGGAAAAGGAUCAUUUGGACAAGUUUUGAAAUGUUUGGAUCACAAGACAAAUGAGAUGGUAGCCAUCAAGAUCAUUCGAAAUAAAAAGAGGUUUCACCAUCAGGCACUUGUUGAGUUAAAGAUCCUGGAUGCAGUACGGAGAAGAGACAGAGACAACUGCCACAACGUUAUUCACAUGAAGGAGUACUUUUACUUCAGAAACCACCUGUGCAUCUCCUUCGAGCUGCUCGGAGCGAACUUGUACGAGCUUAUUAAGAAGAACAACUUCCAGGGCUUCAGUCUGGGGUUGAUUCGACGUUUUGCCCACUCGCUGCUCAAGUGCCUGCAGAUGCUGCACAAGGAAAAAAUAAUCCACUGUGACCUAAAACCGGAGAACAUACUGCUGACCCAGAGAGGACUUGGAAACAUUAAGGUGGUCGACUUUGGAUCAAGCUGCUAUGAGCAACAAAGGGUGUACACUUACAUACAGAGCCGCUUUUACCGGUCACCAGAGGUGAUCCUGGGUCAUCCGUACAGCAUGGCGAUAGACAUGUGGAGCCUGGGAUGCAUUCUGGCUGAGCUCUACAUCGGCUAUCCUCUCUUCCCAGGAGAAAGCGAGGUUGAGCAGAUCGCCUGUAUCAUGGAGAUCAUGGGGCUGCCUCCAAAUGACUUUGUUCAAACAGCAUCACGGAGGAAAUUAUUUUUUGAUUCUAAAGGAAAUCCGAGGAAUAUCACAAACAGUAAAGGGAAAAAACGCAGACCCAACUCCAAAGAUCUCGCCAGCGUUCUGAAGACAAACGAUCGUCUGUUUCUGGACUUCAUACGACGUUGUCUUGUGUGGGAUCCCACCAAGCGCAUGACACCAGAUGAAGGAAUGCAGCACGAGUGGAUACACGAAGGCCGUCUCAACAGACUUCAUCCUAAACCGCGAACUCUCCGGAGAGACACAGACAACAACUAUGAGUUCACAUACCGCAAAGCAGCUGUAAACAGGACAAGCAAGGUUGAUAAAACCGCAUCUGAUGAAAAGCUCAAAAGGGUCAGCGACGAUUCAAGCAAAGGAGGCGAGACGGCGUCAGAAGAACGUCUUCAACCAAUAGGAGCCUCGGCUGAGGAAGACAACAGCGAGGAUAUGAGCAAAAGCAUAAGCCAGGAGAGCAAAGAUAGCAAGACCGAAUCCAGCGGAGAACGAUCUGUUCAGAUCCUCAUCAAACCUCAAACAGGGUCGAGCACUGAUUCAGAAGGACAAGAUCCUCAGUUUCUCCCGCCUAUCGUAUAACACGCAAAAUAUAUUUGUUAUAUUGUGAUGUAAUAUAUUUAAUUCAGCCGCUUGGUCUGGACCUACCUGUUGUGCGGCUAUUGUUGUAUUGCAAAAAAGUCAAAAAUGUUAUUUAUUUUUUAGCCGUUUCUUACUUGCUAGGGUUCUAAAAAGUCUAAAAAGUCAAAAUUAUAGAAAGUGGUUAAAAGUUGUUUAAUCAAUGUUUUAGCCACACUGUUAAAAGUGAAAGUUGGAUCUACUUAAAACAAUUACUUUAGUUGGUAACACUUAAACAAAUUAAGUUUUGUCAGCAAAAAACUUCUAACUUUAAAUGAAAAAUUUACGGUGAAUUUUUAUUACUUUAAUUGGUAACACCUAGCUUAUUUUUAUUUUAAAUCAUUUAUUUUUUAGGUGUUACCAAUUGAAGUAAUUUAAGUUAAUACAACUUUCACUUAACAUUUACAUUGUAUUUUAAAGAUGUGUUGGACUCUAAAGGAAACAGUGGUGGCCGAUGACAUCUUUUUUCGAGGGUGCUCGAUGCAAAGUUCGUCACAACAUGUAUGUAGCCCGCCAUGUGUGUGGUUUGUAAUUUCAAAAUAUGUGUUUGGCACGUCGAGUGAUCCUACGUGCAUCACGUGUCUUGUCAAAAUAAGUGCCUGCUGCAGACGCGUCUAAAGGGUUUACGAUAAAAGAGAUGCUCGCGUUUGCCAGACACUCGCAUAAUCUCAUGCGAAAUCAGAGUUUACUGUUAAAGUGUCUUGCGUGUAUUUUGUGAAUGUGAGCGUCUCUUAUCAAAAAUGGUUUUGACGCGUGUGCAGCAGGCACUUAUUUUGACAAAACAUGUGAUGCACAUAUAGAUCACUUGACGCGCAGAACACAUAUUUUGAAUUUGCGCCCCUCGGAUGAUCAGUCACGAGCUGCCACUGAAAGGAAGUGAACAAUUUUUCAUUUGAUUGUGGUAUAUUUUGAAAAGAUUGACUAUGUUUGUAACACUGGCAUAUUUUUGCAGCGCAUAAUGCCAUGUGCAUGUUUAUCGAGUCUAGUGGGCUUUUUUAUUUACUUUUCACCGCAUUCAAGCUUUUAGCGAUUUUUAAGGAAAUCUUGAGUACCAAAGCUGCUUUAUUGUGCAAUAUUACUGCAUGGAUUAAACAGUGUUUGAAUGUUUCGUUGUCAUUUGCCAGAUUAGUUUUCUAUGAGUUACUGUAGUAAGCUCCCUGUCAGUGCAAUAAUAAGCCAAAGAGAUUCUAAGAGAUUUAGCCUUUUUAUUUUCGUGCUUGACACACCAUCGAAAAAACUUGGAUCAUAAAUAUCUGAUUCAAAGCACACUUGAUUAUAAUGUGCACAAGACCUGAAUGAUUGUAUUGAUGAUAAUGAGAAUAUAGACAAUGUUUGUUUGUUUCUUAAUAAUAUAUGGAAUUAGAGUAUAAAGU